AUGUGGGACGUGCUGGACGGCCGUUCGCUGACCGCCGAGGCUCUGGCCCGUGCCGCUGUUGUCGUCGCUGUCGAAGUGCUUCUGCUUGGCACUUCAUUUCUCAACAUAUGCGUCAUAUUCACCACUGCCGACUUGUACGACGUAAUCGGAUGUUAUUUGAUAUCCCUAUCGGUUGCGGAUCUAUUGGCGGCGUUAUUCAUCGUACCGCUUAGUUUGUAUAGUACGUUGGAUCCAACAUGGCGAUUCAUGGGCGAUAACUCUCUCGUUUGUAAGGGUAGCGCCUAUCUCCAAAUCGCAUUGUUUUGCUCCACCGUCUACACUUUUGCCUGGAUUUGUAUCGAUAGGUACUCCGCAAUGAUGAAGCCUUCUCGAUAUGCGGAUCAAUCUCUAACACGGUGUAAAUGCUGGAUUGUCUUUAGUUGGAUUACUUCUCUUCUGUUGUGCUGUCCAAUAGUUGUUGCCCAAAUGCAGGUAGUUUUUCUCGAAGAAGCUCAGUUAUGCGUACUAGACUGGUCUGCGACAUCAGCGUACAGCAUGACGUUGCUCGUUCUUGUAUUCCUGCCCACAAUUGUUACGGUCUUCAAUACUGGCUACAAAAUCAUCAGGGCAAUGAGGAAUCCUGAUCAGGUAUGUGAUAUUUCACGUGAUUCCUCCUUUCUUCUUUUCUUUUUGAUUGUCAAUGUUAUGUUAUGCUCGUUCAUUGUCCUUUUCAUGAUAGAAUUCCAUCGCAUUCCUCCAAAUCACCCAUUAGCCAUGUUAAGCUGUUUAAUGUUCUUGCCUGCGCAAAUGUCCUCCGAAAACACGAUU